CGACCGGGACAGUCAAUCCCACCAAUUGCUACAACCGCUCCCCACCAAUCAACUAAACAAGAAGAAAAAAGGAACUAUAACAGUUGAGAAUGUCGAAACGCCCCGCUGACCCGCUGGUUUCGCCGGACAGCGGCCUCAAAAACCGCUCCCGCGAAACUGCGGAUGAAGGCACUGAUCACACUAGAUACCCACCAGAGAUGGGCGAAUUCGAAGACAAUUACGAAGACGAAUAUGAGGAAGACGAAGAAGUUCUUGAAGCGGGCGAUGAAGAUGACGAACAGGGUGGUGCACAAAUUGGUGGAAAGGGUGGAGCUGGGAAGGAUAACAUGGAAAUAGACCAACAGGUGUACAUACCCUCGCGGAGGGUUCUGGGUAAAGAUGAAAUACUGGAACCGGACCCGACGGCGUAUCAUAUGCUGCAUAGCAUGAAUGUCAACUGGCCGUGCCUAAGCUUUGAUGUGCUGCAGGAUGGACUUGGAGAUGAGCGACGGGGAUACCCACAGAUGGUGUACUUGGUUGCUGGGACGCAGGCUGCUAGAGCAAAGGAUAAUGAAGUUACGGUGAUGAAAUUGAGUGGGCUGCAGAGGAUGCAGCAGUCGAAAGAAGACGAGGACGAGGACGACGACGCCUCCGACACAGAGGACGACCCGAUCCUCGAAUCUCGCUCCCUCCAAUGCCCCACUACGACAAACCGUAUCCGUGCCUCUCCGCAUGCCCACCAUGCCGCUUCAAUGGCUGAAACGGGUGAUGUGUACAUCUGGGAUCUGUCGCCGCACUACAGGUCUCUCGAGAGUCCGGGCACCGCCAUCCCCGCGAGUGCGAACAAACCCACGGCAACGCUCAAGAUGCAUAGACAUGUAGAAGGCUACGCUAUUGAUUGGUCUUCCAAUCCCAGAGAUGUCAUGGGACGGAUAACUACUGGGGAUAACUCCGGCAAGAUAUUCAUUUCUGCGAGAAAAGAAGGCGGUACCUGGUCUACAGAUAGUAGCCCGCUGAAGGGGCAUACAGGUAGUAUCGAAGAGCUCCAAUGGUCUCCCAAUGAGCGCCACGUCUUUGCCUCCGCAUCUUCGGACGGAACAGUCAAGAUCUAUGACGCCCGCGCUCAGACCAAGAAGCACCAAUUGUCAGUCGACGUCUCGUCUUCAGAUGUCAACGUUGCAUCCUGGUGCCGGGCAGUACCCCACCUCCUUGCCACCGGCGCCGACGACGGAGUCUGGGGCGUCUGGGAUCUCAGAACUUUCCCUAACACACUCAAGGGUAAACAUGUAUCCGCUACUGCCAGCUUUACUUUCCACCAACAGCCAAUCACUAGUAUUGAGUUUCACCCUACUGAGGAUAGUAUUGUUUCUGUUGCCUCCGCAGACUCGACUAUUACGCUUUGGGACUUGAGUGUUGAGUUGGACGACGAGGAGAGUAAGGACAGUGGCGGCGUAGAGGAUAUUCCGCCCCAAUUGUUGUUUGUCCACUAUCACAAGGACGUUAAAGAGGUGCAUUGGCAGAGGCAAGCACCCGGGGUGGUUAUUGGGACUGGCGGUGAAGGGUUUAGGUACUUUGUUCUUCUAUAUAUAUCCUUGCUUGGCGUGAUUGUCCAUUGGCUGACUUGUUAUCCUUCCCCGGCCAGUGUUUUCAAGACCAUCAGUGUCUAA